UGCUGUUGAUCAGUAGUUCUACUUGGUUCUUCUCUAUAUAAGGUCUUGCAUUCCAUUUCAUCCAUACAAAAGAAAAGAAAGAAAGCUUUUACAAUCAAUAAUCAAAAUGGUUUCACUGCAGCUGCAGAAGCGGCUAGCUGCCAGUGUACUCAACUGUGGUAAGGGUAAGGUGUGGCUUGAUCCCAAUGAGUCCAAGGAUAUCUCCAUGGCCACUUCAAGGUUGAACAUAAGAAAGCUCGCAAAGGAUGGUUUCAUAGUUAAAAAGCCGAGCACAAUCCACUCUCGAUCGAGGUUCAGAAAAGCAAGAGAAGCGAAAUCGAAGGGGAGGCGUUCAGGGUAUGGUAAGCGGAAGGGUACGAAAGAGGCAAGGCUACCAUCGUCGCUGGUGUGGAUGUGGAGGAUGAGAGUCAUGCGUCGCCUCCUUCGCAAGUACAGGGAAUCCCACAAGAUAGACAGGCACAUUCACCAUGAUAUGUACAUGAAGGUGAAGGGCAAUGUCUACAAGAACAAAAGAGUGCUAGUGGAGAGCAUUCACAGGUUGAAGACUGAAAAAGCUAGAGAGAAAGCACUUGUUGAUCAAUUUGAAGUCAAGAAAGCAAGGAGCAAAGUGGUCAAGGAGAACAAGAUCUUAUGGAGAGAAGGUCAUCUGCAUAAACCUUUAAGCUUAUUGUACUAGCUAGUAAUUAAAUAAAAGUUCUUCCUUUGAGGGACUAAUUCUUGUUAUUUGUGUAUCUAUCUAUGUAUUUUUCCUAGUUCUGCACAGUUUUUCUAUGUAUUCAGCUUGUUAUAUAUCAAAGUAUUUGGAUGAAGUUUAUUUUUAGUAAGAAAA